AAAGAAGCCGGCUUUGUGAAGGCACGUCUAUCCUUGGGGAAAGAGCUUUUAUUUUGUAGUUGUAGCUGGAAAAUCGUCUUUGGAUAAUUCAUUUCUUUUGCGAUGCUGGGACUUUCAUUUUACUGACAAUCUUUAAAACAAAAAAAAAGCCCACAAAUUUAAUUUGACUUUGUGGAAGACUUAGUUUCACUCAUUUCAAACUGUGGAUACCUUUUUUUCUUGGAGCACGAUCCUUUUUUUCACUAAGAAGGGCUUUUUUUCCACACCUCUUUUUGCCAAUAGUUGGUCUUUGGCAAGACAAACUAUUAGUUUUGGCGGUCAUUACACAUCAUCAAGCCAGGGUCAUGUAAGCAACCAUUCCUACGGCCCUGGAUCCCUUCUCACCUGUUGAACUGAAUCACCUGUCAGAACGCCAAAAGCAAAUUCCUUCUUUGAGCCUCACAAGUUUCAGAAACUCACAGCCAUGUUACGUUGCGUUCUUCAGCGAGCCAACAACCUGAGACACUCUGACCCUCUGGCUAGUGUCACAUUCAGAGGGUCUAAGAAGAAGACAAAGAUCAUCAAGAACAACCCUAACCCCGUUUGGAACGAGGGUUUUGAAUGGGAUCUGAAGGGGAUUCCUCUGGACUCUGGAGCAGAGCUGCACUGUGUAGUCAAAGACCAUGAGAAGAUGGGCAGAAACAGGUUUCUGGGGGAAACCCGGCUGGCUCUCAGAGACGUGCUCAACUCUCCCAACCUGGCCGCCACCUUCACCGUCUCCCUGCUGGACACCAAGAGAAACAACACAGGGGCCACGCUGACCCUGCAGGUUUCCUACAUACCUCCUGCAGGAGCGGCUCCGAUGUUUCAGCCUACUCCCCACCCGGAGACUUUGCCCUAUAACAACCCCAAUGUGGAGCUGGACACUGUCACAAUGAUUUCUCUGGACACUUUGGGCGAGGAGGAUACAGAGAGUAUGAUGAUGCUGGAGCCGACAGAGGACCAGGGUCCCGACGACGGACGCUCCAUGGUUAUCGUCGGUCCUCAGGGGACCUCGGGCCAGGAGUCCCCUACCGCUCAGACACCUAAACGCUCACCACCAUCCUACAACACCCGUGGAGGGCUGAGGAAACGGAGGAGAGGAUCCAGCAGUCAGCCCAAACCGCUGCCCAACAAACCACAGGACUUACAGGUUCGUGUGCGGGUCAUCGAGGGCCGACAGUUGCCGGGCAUCAACAUCAAGCCUGUUGUCAAGGUAACGGUAGCCGGCCAGACCAAGAGGACCCGCAUCAGAAAGGGCAACAACCCGAUCUUUGAUGAGACUUUCUUCUUGAACUUCUUCGAGACGCCAUCCGACUUGUUUGAUGAACCGAUCUUCAUCACUGUGUGUGACUCUCGCUCACUCAGAACUGAUGCUGUGAUCGGUGAAUUCAAGUUGGAUGUGGGCACCGUCUACAAUGAGCACAGACACUGCUUCUUGAGGAAAUGGCUGCUGCUGUGUGACCCCGAUGACCUCUCUGCCGGGGUCAAAGGUUACCUAAAGGUCAGCCUGCUGGUUUUGGCGGCUGGAGACGAGCCACCGGCUGAUAAACGCGAGUGUGUGGAGGAUAAAGAAGACAUUGAAGGAAACCUGCUGAGACCGGCUGGUCUGUCUCUGAGAGGAGCCACCUUCACCCUGAGGAUCUUCAGAGCUGAAGACCUGCCGCAAAUGGACGAUGCCUUCAUGGAUGGGAUGAGGCAGAUUCUUGGGUUUGACAGCAACAGGAAGAACCUGGUGGAUCCUCUGGUGGAGAUCCACUUUGCUGGCAAAACCGUCUGCACUAAGAUUCUGGAGAAGAAUGCCAAUCCACAAUGGAACCAGAGUCUGUCCAUGCCUAUUAGGUUUCCCUCCAUGUGUGAGAAGCUGAGGAUCAGAAUUCUGGACUGGGACAGAGCCAGUCACAAUGAUGUCAUCGGCACCAGCCACCUCUGUAUGUCUAAGAUCUCCGCGCCCGGUGGAGAGAUAGAUGAUGACUUGACUCCACGGAACUUCCACUCUGGCAUUGACGACAGUCUUGGUUUCCUGCCAACGUUCGGUCCCUGUUUUGUGAACCUGUAUGGCAGCCCCAGAGAGUUCAGCGCCUUCAACGAUCCACACGAAGCGCUCAACCUUGGAAAAGGGGAGGGCGUGGCUUACCGAGGUCGAGUUUUACUGGAAGUAACUACAAAACUGGCGGACAAGCCGGAGCCGAAAACUGAAGACAUUCUGUCAGAUGACCUGCUGGUGGUGGAGAAGUUCCUCAGGAAGAGGAAGUUCUCUCUCUUCGUGGCGUUUUACUCGGCCACGCUACUCCAGGACGUCGACGACGCCAUCCAGUUCGAGGUCAGCAUCGGUAACUACGGCAACAAGUUCGACUACACCUGCCUCCCUCUGGCCUCCACCACUCAGUUCAGCAGGGCCGUGUUUGACGGUUGCCACUACUACUACAUCCCGUGGGGAAACAUUAAACCAGUGGUGGUUCUGUCUUCAGAGUGGGAAGAUAUCAAACCGAGGAUUGAGGCUCUCAACAUGCUGCUGGCCGCCAUAGAGAGACUGGAGGCGAACCUGCAGAGGGUGCAGCUGGAGGUGAAGGCAGGCACUGAUCUGGACGAUGUGGAGCUCCGAGUGGUCGAGCUGUUGGAUCAGGUCAUCACAGACUGCAGUGAAGAGCUGCCCUCUCUCGACCAGUGGCAGUGUGCGACCCCUCUGGACCGCUCGCUGAGGCACAUUCGUACUCUCCACCUGCAGCAGAUCGUUGCGGCUGCGCAGGCUCUCAAGCACGGCCCUGCUACCGAGCUCUCCACAGUGAUGGAGCAGGCUGAGGACUGGGCCGGCAGACUGAGGACAAUGGCCGAGGAGCCUCAGAACAGUCUCCCAGACAUAGUGAUAUGGAUGCUGCAGGGCGACCGCAGGGUGGCGUACCACCGCAUCCCAGCACACACUGUGAUCUUCUCCCAGCAGCACUGUGGGAAACACUGUGGACAGCUGCAGACUGUCUUCCUCAAGAACCCACAGGGCAGCGGAGGAGAGGCCAAACUUCCUGGGCAGCUGAGGGUCAAAGUCUGGUUUGGAUUGGCUGCUGAUGUCAAACACUUCAACCAAUACGCUGAAGGGAAGCUGUCGGUCUUUGCUGAGACGUAUGAGAACCAGACACGACUCGCCCUGGUGGGCAGCUGGGGAACUACAGGUCUGACCUACCCCAAGUUCAGUGAUGUCACUGGAAGAAUUAAACUGCCCAAAGAGAGCUUCAAGCCCUCUCCUGGUUGGACCUGGGCUGGAGACUGGUACAUCAGCCCCGAGAAGACAAUGCUGUAUGAUGUGGACGCCGGCCACAUGACCUACACAGAGGAAGUUUUCGAAAACCAGAUGAGGUUGCCGGGCGGACAGUGGAUCGGCAUGCCAGAGGGGUACACUGACGUGAAUGGGGAGAAGGCGGUGCCAAAGGACGAGGUGGAGUGUCCUGCAGGUUGGGUGUGGGAGGAGGUGGAGUGGAGCGAAGAUCUCAACAGGGCUGUGGAUGAUCAAGGCUGGGAGUACGGCCUCACCAUCCCUCCGGACCGCCGUCCCAAGUCGUGGGUGCCGGCAGAGAAGAUGUACCACACCAACCGAAGACGCCGAUGGAUGCGAAUGAGACGGCGAGACCAGCAGAAGAUGGACGCUCUCAGAAAGCAGCGGCCGGACGAGGCGGAGAGGGAGGGCUGGGAGUACGCCUCGCUGUUCGGCUGGAGGUUCCACUUGAAGCCGAGGAAGACGGACAGCUUCAGGAGGCGCAGGUGGAGGUAUCGCAUGGAGCCGCUGGAGAAGACGGGACCGGCCGCCAUCUUUGCUCUGGAGUGUUCUCUGAGCAGCAUCGAGGACAAGAACGAUGACAAGUCCGUCACGACCACGUUUGGAGUCAACAGACCGACAAUUUCCUGUUUCUUUGACCGCGGCACCCGCUACCACCUGCGCUGCUACCUGUACCAAGCCAGAGACCUGCUGGCCAUGGACAAAGACAGCUUCUCAGACCCCUACGCCAUUGUGUCCUUCCUCCAUCAGUCCCAGAAAACAGUGACGGUGCGUAACACAUUGAAUCCCACCUGGGACCAGACGCUCAUCUUCUAUGAGGUGGAGAUUUUCGGCGACCCUGACGCCACGAUGGCCACUCCGCCCAACGUCGUGGUGGAGCUUUACGAUCAAGAUACAUACGGUGCAGAUGAGUUCAUGGGCCGCUGUGUGUGCCAGCCCUCCCUGACUGCCUCUCCCCAUCUGGCCUGGUUCCCGAUUCGCCACGGGGACAAGAGCGCCGGCGAGCUAUUGGCCGCCUUUGAGCUCAUAUGCAGAGAAAAGCAAGCAGUUCACCAUAUUCCAGGUCAAGAGGGAGACAUCAUGACUGGCAGCAACGUUCUGGACGAGUUGAUGUUUCCAGGAUUCCUCUCUGAAAACCUGCAGCAAUGGCCGGAGGAGUCGGACCUUCCUCACCUGCCCCCUCAGAGAGAGCCCAACGUCUUCAUGGUUCCUCAGGGAAUCAAACCUGUUCUGCAGAGGACCGCCAUCGAGAUCUUAGCGUGGGGCGUUCGCAACCUGAAAAGUUUCCAGUUGGCCAGCAUCACCUCCCCGAGCCUGCAGGUGGAGUGUGGCGGCGUCAUGGUCCAGAGCUGCGUCAUCCGCAGCAUGAAGAAGAAGCCCAACUUUGACGUCAACACGCUCAUCCUUGAUGUGAGACUUCCCUGUGAGGAGCUCUACAUGCCGCCGAUCGUCAUCAAAGUCAUCGACAACCGUCAGUUUGGGAGGAAGCCAGUGGUCGGUCAGUGCACCAUCCGGUCGCUGGAGGAGUACCGCUGCAGCCUAGAGGAGGAGCGAGAGGUGGAGGACGAGGACGAGGACUGGAGACGUGAGACGCCCCAGUUGAUUUCUGGGGAGGUUUUUAUUGACAUCGAUGACGAGGAGCCGCUCAUGCCUGACCAGCUUGCAGAUGGAUCCGGUUCAGCUAUCAUUAACCUUUCCGCCUCUACUUCCAGCCUUGAUAUGUUGCAGUGGGAAGAGGAGUUCAUGGACUGGUGGAGUAAGUUCUACGCCUCGACCGGAGAGAAAAACAAGUACGGGACGUACCUGGAGAGAGGCUUCGACAAGCUGGAGGUGUUUGACCAGGAGCUGGAGAAGGUGGAAGGUUUCGAAGGUCUCUCAGAUUUCUGUCAGACGUUUAAGCUGCACAGAGGAAAGACUCAGGACGAAGGAGAAGAUCCUUCAGUGGUGGGAGAGUUCAAGGGUAUGUUCAAGAUCUACCCCCUGCCAGAGGACCCCUCCGUCCCCGCUCCCCCCAGACAGUUCAGAAAGCUUCCUCCCAACGGCAUUGAGGAGUGUUUGGUCCGAAUCUACAUCAUCCAGGCUCAAGGACUGCAGCCCAAAGACACCAACGGGAAGUGUGACCCCUAUGUGAAGAUCACUUUGGGGAAGAAGACCAUCAACGAUCAUGAAAACUAUAUCCCAUGUACACUGGACCCUGUCUUUGGAAAGAUGUUCGAGCUUACCUGUUCCCUCCCUCUGGAGAAGGACCUCCGGGUGAUGCUGUACGACCAUGACAUGCUGACCAAAGACGAGAAGAUCGGAGAGACGGUGAUCGACCUGGAGAACCGCUUUCUGUCCAAAUACGGAGGCAGGUGUGGUCUGCCGCAGUCCUACUGUGUGUCGGGGGUAAACCAGUGGCGAGACCAGCUGACGCCCAGGCAGCUGCUGUACAGAGUGUGUGAGCGCCGAAACCUGCGGAAGCCUGUCUACCAAGACGACGUUGUGCACUUCAGAGGAGACCGAUACACCGCUGCAGACCUUGGUGAGCGACGAGCGCUCAUAAAUCAUCAAAAACGAAUACUAAACAGCAGAGAUGGGAAGGACAAAAAUGUGUCUAAACGUCACCUCGGUCCAAUUAAGGAGCGGCUGUCCCUCGUCAUCUUGAGGAAAAUGGGAUUUGUACCUGAACAUGUGGAGACCAGACCACUGUACAGUCCACUGCAGCCCGACAUAGAGCAGGGCCGUCUGAUGAUGUGGGUGGACCUGUUCCCCAAGUCCCUGGGAUCCCCUGGACCCCCGUUCAACAUCACACCACGCAAGGCUAAGAAGUUCUUCCUGCGUUGCAUCAUCUGGAACACCAGCGACGUCAUCCUGGAUGAUGUCAGCGUCAGCGGGGAGAAAAUGAGUGACAUCUACGUUAAAGGCUGGCUCGACGGACACGAACACAACAAGCAGAAGACCGACGUCCACUACCGCUCUCUGGGCGGAGAGGGAAACUUCAACUACAGAUUCCUGUUUCCUUUCCACUAUUUACCUGCAGAGCAACUCUGUACCGUCGACAGGAAGGAACAUUUCUGGAGUCUGGAUAAAGCUGAGACUAAACUGGCUCCUAAACUCACCAUCCAGAUCUGGGACAAUGACAAGUUCUCCUUCGACGACUACCUCGGUCACCUGGUAAUGGACCUGAACCACAUGCUGCGUCCGGCCAAGUCUCCAGAAAAAUGCAACUUGCAGCUGCUGAGCCAGCCGACGGACAGGCUGGUGUCUCUGUUCGAACAGAAGACCGUCAAAGGAUGGUGGCCCUGCACCUGCGAGCAAAACGGAGAGAAGAUCAUCGCUGGGAAGGUGGAGAUGUCUCUGGAGAUCGUGAUGGAGCAGGAGCACGAGGAGAGACCAGCUGGCGUCGGCAGAGACGAACCCAACAUGAACCCUCACCUGGAGGAGCCUCAGCGUCCGGAGACCUCCUUCCUGUGGUUUUCCUCCCCCUAUAAGACCCUCAAAUUCAUCCUGUGGAGGCGGUUCAAGUGGUUUAUCAUCCUCUUCAUCAUCCUCUUCUUCAUCUUCCUCUUCUUCGGCGUCUUCCUCUACUCCUUCCCGAACUACGCUGCCAUGAAGAUGGUGGGACCUUUCGGACCAGCCAAGGCAGCGGAGUGACGAUGGAGGAGACCAGGAACAAAAAAAAAUGGAGGAAAGGAAACGGAAAAAAAAGCCAACACAAUGAAAAACAAUGUCAGGUUUCUACAAGUGUAAUGGGGCUGAAUUUAACAGAAUUUCAUGUUAUUCUUCUUCUUUUUCUGCUCGAGUCUUUAAAAGGAUUCUGUCAUCUUGCUGAAGUUUUGACUGAUGAACUUGUGAACUUCAUCCAAGCGCGUGUGUGUGUGUGUGUGUGUGUGUGUGUGUGUGUGUGUGUGUGUGUGUGUGUGUGUUUCCUGAUAAGUUUACCGAUAGACCUGAUGAGCAAUAGUGCCCAAGAUUCACAAACGCCUCUGACAUGACAACUGUGUGCGUGCGUGCGCAUGUGUACACGUGCGUGUGUUUCCAUGUGUGCCUUCACUGUCUCUCCACUCAUCCGAAAACACUGCAUCACUGUACUGGAUGCAUUUCCAAAAAGUUGCUAUCAGAUCUCAGCAUGUAUCUGCUGUUUCCGCGCCAUCCCUCCGUCACGACUUUCAUCCCUCCCUCCCUCCAUCUCUUCUGCCCUCAUGCAGAGAAGAAGGAGAAUAAAAGCUUGUUGCCUCGUUUGAAAAGAAAAAGCGGAAACGGAAUCAAAGAUUGCGAUGUCGUUGUCUGAUCAUUUUUUUAUUAUUAUUUUUUUUUAAACCGCCUGCUGGUUCCCGGCAACGGCGAGGCAAAGUCAGGUCAGGCAGCGGUGACUGAACGUCUUCAAACUGUCCAACUUUCAUCGCUCCAUUCAAUCUUUAUGAAGAAGAACCUCAAAUACAGACGGGACAUUCAUUCUCUUUGACGCGUUACAGUAUGCUUCGCUGCAACGUAUGCCGCCUUCGAGUGAAAUCCGAGAUGCGUUGUUGAAAACGUAUUGUUAAAUGUACACCUUCAGCUAUUCUUCAUUGUCCUGUGCGCUCUUCCUCAGCAGUUUAAAAAAAGUAGUGUUUAAAGAAAAAGAAAGCAAUAACAAUUGACACCUCAACCGUACAUUUUUCACCUCCACGUUAUACAUUUGCUUCCUUUAUUUCCUCCUCCUCCUCAGCAUCAUCUUCUUCCUUUUUCCCCUCCCUAUCGCGCUCUUUCUUCCUCUUCAUUUCCUCCUUUUGUCCUCAGCCCAUACUUCUUCCUCCUCUUCUACCCCGGUCUCAUUUUCUUCCUUCCCUUUUUUCCUCCUGUUCUCCCUCCUUCCUAUUUUUUUAAUCCUUCUCCUUUCCUUUGCUUCCCCUCUUUUUCCUUCUCCCCUUCACGUUCCUUCUUCCUCAUCACUUCCUCCCUCUCCUCCUUUUUCCCUCCACCUCCACUUACUUUUCCACCUGUUCUUCCUCCUCUCUUCCCCAGUGUCAUUCUCUUCCUUCUCCAUGUUCUCAUUUCCCUCCUGUUUUUCUCCCCUUCCUUUUCAUUGUCCUCGUCUCCUUUGCUUCUUCCCCUCUUCUUCUUCAUCCUCCCUCUUCCCUCUUCUCUCACAACUCAUUUCCUCUUUUCCCUUUGCGUCUCCCCUCAGUCUUCUUCCUCCUUUGCAUCCUCCUGAAUCUCAUGGUGUACUUCCUCCUCUUCUUCAUCUCCCGUCUCCUUCCUUUCUCCUUAUCCCCCCCCAUAUAACCUCUGAUAGAGUGUGUGUGUGUGUGUGUGUGUGUGUGUGUGUGUGUGUGUGUGUGUGUGUGUGUGUGUGUGUGUGUGUGUGUGUGUUGAGGUUUUUGGAUCCUUAAAUACCCCCCGUUGACUUAGUAAGCAAAUAGAAACUGAAGGAAACACGGACGAGAGAAAUAUUUAACUCCACUCUCUUAUUAUCUAUUCUUUUUUUACUUCUUCACAGUGGUUUCUUCUAAAGUCCAAAGGUUGGGUGGGAUCACAUGUUAGGUUAGUUUGGUUUUUUGGUCCGCACCAGAGUGGAAAAGUUGACUUUGUCCCGUUUGGUUCGUUUUGGGUUCACACCGGCCAAUUACGAGCCAACCAGGCCUUGUAAACAAAAAAGUCACACAGACUGACAAGCACCUCAUUUACUGGCCCGGGUUUUAGGUCGUCCUGCCAGGUCAGAGAGGGUUUAACUCCGGCUUGGCUAACGUCGGCAUAAAUCACACUAAUUAACCUUUGAAAAUCACUUAACAACACGUCAGUCCUAGACUGACGUCGUCACACUCAAAUUCUGGUCAGAAUAUGAGUCUGAUACUGCUCCGUUGGGCUGUGAUUAUGGAGGCGUGUUUCAACCGGACCAGGAAAGAAAAUGCCUCUGCAUGCAUAGAUAUCUCCUAUAACAGAAUUCUCAAUCCUCCAGCGGCAGCCAUCUUUGUUGUAAACGAAUUCAACCCAAGCGCUCUUUGGUGACAUUGGGUUGAUUACGUGACUGUUGACCAUCUGUCCAUCGUCGUACAAAGCCCGCCCUGACAAUUUGAUUGGUCCGAACAGCUCUCUGGUUGGAGCAUAGCUGCUCCACAACGGAUCAAGUCCAGACCGAACUUCCCGACCUCAAAUGUUGUGGGCGGGGCUACGUUCGGGCUGGCAUCCAGGCUACAUCAGCCCAGACUUUUUUUACUCCAGUUUUAAUCCAGCUCGUUCUGCUCGCCUUUCCAAACACACGAGGGACUUGCUCUCUGUCGGAGGUUAACGUUUGUCUCCGUGCACCCGUGAACUCGGCCAGCGUGAGAUGUGUCCUUCAGAGUUUCGAUCCCGUUGUUGCUCCUCAGAAACCACUGUGCACUUUGCUUGGAGGCAGCGUAGUGUCAGAGACCCGUCAACGCUAACGUAGUUCAGAUGGCUUCGUUCACACAAACGUAAUAAAAAGACUGAAUGCUUCUAAGAAUGUCAAGAAAAAAACAAACAUAGUUGUUUAGGUGCAUUUUAUUCAUUUUGCAGGACACUAAACUAAGUUCUUGUGUAAAGAAAUCCACAGCCUCUGCUUUCAUUUCACAGUCAGUAUUGUUAGUGUUAUUUUUUUUUUUAGGUAUUUAGCUGUAUUCAGGGUUGUCAUCUUUUAGUUCAGGUUACCUCUCUGUCUGUGUUUCUUCAAAGUGUUUACAAUUUCAAAAAAGAAUCACCUUGAAGUUUGAAUGAAGAAUAAAUGUCAUCACCCGCGUCUGUCCUGCUGAAAAGGCGUCUUUAGACAACGACAACAAAAAAUCAUAGGUGUCUUCUUCUUCUUCUUCACUUUAGAUGAUAAAAACAGUGGACAGUUUGAAUUGGUUCAGCUUGGUCAAAACAUUUACACGCUGCACUUAAAUGAAAGCCGACUGAAUACACCAGAUACCUGUGAAGAGGCGGACACCAUCCUUUUAUUUAGAUUGAUGUUUGCCCGGACAGAUGAAGAUAUUAUUGACUUUUUUUUGUGUGUGUGUGUUACUUGUGUAUCUUGAAAUGGCAUUAUAUAUUUGAAAACACUUUAAACGUCUUGCUGUGGGGGCGCCCCGUGUAGGCUGAGGCCUUUGCAGGGUUCGAAUCCAACCUGCGGCCCUUUGCUGCGUGUCAUCCCCCCUAUCUCUCUCCCACCUUUCCUCUCUAUCCACUGUCACUCUGAAAUAAAGGGGGAAAAAGCCCCAAAAAAUAAUCUUAAAAAAAAACAUCUUGCUGUAAAUCCACGAGCCUCGAAAUUAUUAAAAAAAAACACUUUGUUGACAAUCCUGCUGCCAUUUUCAGGGAAAGAGCUCUUGAUUACUUUAUUACUAGUUUGCAAGAUACCUACAUACCGCAAAGUUGUCUUUAAAACAUUUAAAGCAUUGUUUUCUCCCGGUCUUAUUCCUGUCAGUAAAUGCAACGUGCCUUUUAGCCUUUAGCUUUGCUGCCUUGACAUACGGUAACACUGACUCGUGCCUCAGCAGAGAGACCACAAACAAUUCAAAUGCUGUUUAUUUUUAUUAGCUUUGACUGCCUCUUUAAAACUGGCUGCUGUCUAAGUGAACAUCUACCUGAAACUAUUUCAUUUCAGUGGCCCGUUUGUUUAAAGGUAAUGCACUCAAUCAAACUGCUGCACUGAUCUCUGAUGGGUUGAAAUGUUUUAACCACCUUUUACUGCUGGCUGGUCAGAAGAGAAACUUUUCUUUCCUUUUCUUUUAAUGAAUCGUCAUUUUGGAAAAUACGCUUCUUUGCUUUCUUUCAGAAAGUUAGAUAAGAGGCACCACUUUCAUGUCUUUACACUCUAAAUUAAGCUCCUGCCAACAGCCUGUUAGCUUAGCAUAAGACUGGAAACUGGUAGAAACAGCUGGCAUGGCUCUGUUGAUAGAAAACCUCACUAACUAACCAGAGGAGACUCCAGGAAGUCACUGCACGCGGCCAAGAAAUAGUCCGCCACAUAGGUUGCUGUUUUUGCGUAUGGAGUUAAACAAACGAGACUUAUCGUGUUAAUUAUUGAGCUUUAGAUGGGCUGGGUGAUGGAUUUUGUUACACUCUCGGACAGAUUUAACAAAACAAUGAACUAUUUCACCUAACGUAUAGUCCAUCUGACUUAAAACUCUCCAAAUGCUGUUUUAUAUGUGCAAAAAUGCAUUUUUCGCUUAUCUUAAGAGUUGUUUAUUUGAACCCUUAAAGUUGCAAUGAAUUAUGGGAAGCAGAAACAAAGACAUACUGCACUACACUUUUAAAGGCAUUAAACAAUAACACGUAGGGACUGGGAAACAAAAACUGGUUUCAAAUCCAGUUUGUGUUUUUCCUGAACAGCACUGUAACUCUCAUCUACUCUUUAUGUUGUUAUUGUAAAACAUGACUGACGGCAUCGGUGAUAUUGUGUUGUAUUGUGGGAGAAACAGACUGAAUGUAUUCCAGAAAAAAUCAUGAAUAUUCCACUCCAUAUCCACAAACAGCAAUACCGUGUUGGCUGCAUUAUGUCGGUAUUAUCAAUAAAACUGCAUUUCUAAUUCAUCA